AUGGGCUCCUCGUCCACUCCGGCGGCCGCGGCAGCGGCCGCGCCGAGCCGGCGCAAGGUGGCGCUCUACCUGGCGCUCCUCACCCUGCAGUACGGCGCCCAGCCCCUCAUCUCCAAGCGCUUUGUCCGCCAAGAUACUAUAGUGACCUCACUAGUUCUUGCAACGGAAGCAGCAAAGGUUAUUUGUGCAAUCAUUUUAUUGAUUGCAGAGGGUAGUCUGAAAAAACAGUUCAGUAACUGGACUCUCACUGGAUCACUAACUGCGUCUGGACUGCCUGCUGCCAUCUAUGCCCUUCAGAAUAGUCUGCUGCAAGUAUCAUACAAGAAUCUGGAUUCCUUGACCUUUUCAAUCCUUAACCAGACUAAGCUUUUGUGGACAGCAUUUUUCACAUUUCUUAUUUUGGGGUAUGUUCCUUUUUGCAUUUCAAUUUCUUAA